AUGUCUCGAAAACCUCUCCUCGACAGUGACUUUAGCCGUCUUAUCGCUGAUCUACGUGCAGAAACUGAUGGAACCGAACGCAAAUUAGCCAAGCUAUACUACUCGAGGGGCAACUUUAGUGGCUCUCAGGCUGCCGCUCUGGUUGGUACUUUUAAAACUGCACCGGAGAAACUUCGCGUUCUCCGAAUGCUUGAACGUCGACUCUGUCGGAUGAGUUGUGCCGAGGGUGAAGGAGUUCUUCGAAACUUGCAACUUACUCAAAGUGAUAAACUCAGUGCAUUGGACUGUAUCAAACGAACUCUUUUUGAUCAUCAAACUGUGAGAGGCACAGAACAUAUAAUGAAAGCUUUUAUUCCGGAAAAGGACAAACUGCGAGCACUGAAGCAGCUUUGUGCAAUUUCGUCGUAUGCAAAUGAGGAGAUCCCAGCUGGUGGGCACUCUGUCUCACUUCCAAUAGGUACCGUUCUGAGUUCUGCGCCACCACUUGAGGAACAUGCUUACGGGCCUGUAAGAAGCCAACUUUAUGAAAAAUACGGGAGGGUUGGUCUUCAGAACUUUCUACCUACCCUUAGAACCAUUCCCCACUCCUCUCAUACCUGUCAUCCGUCCUACACUUAUGAACGUCAAUUUGACACUUCAUUUAACCCUAAUGGAGGCCGUCCACCACUGCCCCCACGACCUAUCGACACUGCAGUAACAGGACCGGCACAAAAAAUUCAUUUGCCUUCAUUACUGUCCACAACAGUAGACAAAGUUUGUUUCAGCCAUGGUGACCCAUGUCUUGGUGCGGAGCAGAGUGGAGUCUCGUCAAUAGGAUUUGUUGACCAUCGAAAAUGGACGGGAUCCAAAUGCUGUUAA